AUGGCUAAAUUUAUGGGUAUUUACCUUUUGCUAACUUUGGGCGCCUUGUCUCAUGCGCAAACUCAGACUCAGGAUUUGAAUGUUAAAGACCAUGAAGACAAUAAUAAAGCUGUACUUAAACGCAGUUUGGAAACUUUAGUAGGUGAUACCGCUCCAUGGGUAGGUAAUUUCGGUGUCGCCGGUAUUAAGCUGGCUGCGUUACCGUCCACUGCUAAUCCGUGGAAUUCUUGGAGUUCACAUCGCUUUAUAUCUGGCCCGUCACCGAAUGAAGUGGCCAAUGCAAUAGCAGCCGCUAAACAGGCUUCAGCUAAUGUCCUUAUCGCUCAACAGCAAAUGCAGGCGGCCAAAGAGAACGUUUUGCAGCAGCAACGCUUAGCAAUGGAAAAGGAAGCGGCUGCUGCCAUACUUACCCAGAAAUCAGAAGCAGCUGCCGCUAUACAGCGCUCUGAGGCGUCAGCUGCUGCGCAAGCUGUAGUCUUAGCUCAACAACGGUUGGCCGCAGCAAAGGCAACCGUAUCCCAUCAGCAGCGCAUAGCUGCUUCUCGUGAGGCCGAGGCUGCCUCGGCCUUGCAGCGUUCAGCUCACGCUGCAGCUGCUGAAAUACAGAAAACCGAAUUGGAAGCUUCAAAAUUGGGACAAUUUUCCCGCAAUCAUAAUGCCGGUGCUGCUCAUCACUUGACAUUGGCUAAGGACUCAGCUUUAAGUUCCAUCAACGCCGGCACAAAUCAUGUUUCACUGGAAUCUUUAGCUCAUUGGCCCGGGUCAGCCAGUGGUGCCAACGCUAAACCAGCCUCUAGCGGUUGGUUGUAG